AUGUCGCGCGGUGGACGAGGCGGAGGACGAGGCGGCCGCGGCGGCAAGACGGGCCCCCAACUCUCCUGGGACAACGGCGAACACGCACCCGACACCCGCCCCUCGGAGCUCUUUCCCCAAUACGCCGUCCCGACAGCGAAGCCCCUCUCCGCCCUCGAACAAGCCAACGUCAACGCUUUCCUCCUCUUCCGCCGCCAGGUCCAGGACGGACCUCUCUACACCCGCAAGCGCACCUGGGGCAUGGACCCGUCCAACACGCGCAAGCUCUACGGGCAGGACCAGGUGAACGCAAAGUACGGCGUGCGAACGCGCGCCACCGCGGACCCCUUCACGGGCGUGCCGACGUACUCCCAAAAGUUCGCCCGCCCGGAGCGCGCGCUGCCCGAGUUCGGCUCGCGGCCGUUCUGCAAGGAGUUCUUCCCCGCGGAGCUGCACGCGACGCUCGACGGCGACGACGUCGCGCCCGGCGAGAAGCGCCGCGGCGGCGAGGCGAAGCGGCUGCGGCUGUCGCGCAUCACGGCGCUGCCGACGGCCGAGGACGUAUUCCAAGUCGAGGAGCCCGCGGCGGGGCCGGACGGCGCGAAGAAGACGCUCGAGGCGCUGGAGAGGAUGCCGGACGCCGAGGGUGCGGAGGGCGAGGAGGAGUGGGAGGAGGGCGGCGAGGAGGAGGAGCAGGAUGUGGAGUACGACGACGAGGAUGCGGGUGACUACGACGCGGAGAAUUACUUUGACGACGGGGAGUUUGGGGACGACGAUGGUGGGGAUGAUGACCAUGGUGGCCGCGAAGGGUCGUAUUGA